UGUGUGUGUAUCUAGUGAGAGAAAUUGAAAAAUGUAAGAGAAAUAAUAACCAUUCUUUAAGAGAUCUCACAUUUUCUUUUUAGUCAUUUCAAGAACAUUUAACAAAUGGCCAAAACUGGUGUUGUUGAAGGGGAUCCAACAACAGUGGCUACUUCUGCUAAGGCAAGUGAAUUGAAAAGAGAGUUACAGAGAUUAGUUAAGUCUAUUUUGGCUGAAGAUGAGAUAAAUGUGGAUGCUAUUGAUAAAACCCAUCAAACCCUUUUAGCUUUAAAGGAUUUAAAGCUUAAUAAACGAAAGAAUUCUGAUUCUAAUCUUCAUUUUCCUGAUGAAUUUCGUUGCCCACUUUCUAAAGAACUUAUGAGAGAUCCUGUUAUUGUUUCUACCGGUCAGACUUAUGAUAGACCCUUUAUUCAGAAAUGGUUAAAGGCUGGGAAUAGGACCUGCCCUCGAACACAGCAAGUACUUUCACAUACAAUUCUUACACCUAAUCACUCGAUACGCGACAUGAUCUCGCAAUGGUGUAAAAAUAAUGGUGUUCAAAUGCCGGAUCACUCUGUUCAGUAUUUGAAUGAUGAAGGGUUGACUGAAGCUGACCGUGAUUUAUUCUUCUCUUUGCUUGGGAAGAUGUCUUCUUCAACGUUAUCCGAUCAGAAAGUCGCUGCAAGAGAAUUACGUUUGUUAACGAAGAAAAUGCCUUCGUUUCGGGCACUGUUUGGAGAAUCUUCAGAUGCAAUUCCUCAACUCCUUCGUCCCCUCUCUCAAAGUAACAACAGCAUUAACGUUCAUCCAAAUCUCCAAGAAGACAUUAUCACGACACUUUUGAAUCUUUCCAUCCAUGACAAUAACAAGAAGCUUGUCGCCGAGACACCAAAGGUUAUUCCGCUUCUUGUGGAUGCAUUAAAAUCAGGAACGAUUGAAACAAGGAGCAAUGCAGCAGCUGCCCUUUUCACACUAUCUGCACUCGACUCUAAUAAAGAGCUUAUCGGAAAAUCUGGUGCCAUAAAGCCACUAGUCGAACUUCUAGAUGAAGGGAACCCGGUCGCGAUGAAGGAUGUUGCUUCUGCUCUUUUCAGUCUAUGUAUUAUCCAUGACAAUAAGGCAAGAGCGGUAAGAGAUGGUGCUGUGAGGGCUAUACUGGAAAAAAUAAUGAGUAACGUGCACGUCGAUGAAUUGCUAGCUAUACUAGCUAUGUUAUCAAAUAAUCAAAGGGCAGUUGAGGAGAUGGGAGAUCUCGGAGCAGUUCCAUGUUUGCUUAAUAUAAUAAGGGAGAAUUCAUGUGCUCGAAGCAAGGAGAAUUGUAUCGCGGUGCUUUAUACUAUCUGUUACUGUGAUCGAACCAAGUGGAAGACAAUAAGGGAUGAGGAGAAAACCUACGGGACGGUUUCUCAACUAGCUCAAAAUGGUACAGCAAGAGCCAAGAGAAAGGCCAAUGGUAUUCUUGACAGACUGAACAGGGCUGUCAAUCUUACCCAUACUGCAUAAAAAUGCCGCAGUUUCAAGCACAAAAUCUGUAUAUUCUGCUCCUGCUCCUUCUCCUUUCAUAAAAAAUAUUGAGGCAUGUUGUGGUUCGUUUGCAACCUUCCAUUUUGUACAUUCUAUCUGAGAUUUACAAGUAAUAGUCAUCAUUGUGAAUAAUUUACUAUGAGGGAGUUUUUUGUAUAAGUUAGAUCCAUGGUCUUUUAGUUUGAUUGAUAAUACGUGGCACAUGAUUGCUCGCAUAUCUAGCAGAAGAAAUUGUGCUUGUGGGCUCGUCUACUCCUCAUAUACUGGCAUUAAGAUUGUGAUUGGUAUUA